AUGGCUACUAUUAGAAGUAUCCUUGCUUUGGCUGCUAGCAAAGGAUGGACUUUAUAUCAAUUGGAUAUAAAUAAUGCCUUCUUGCAUGGGGAUCUCCAUGAAGAAGUAUACAUGCAUAUGCCUACUGGUAUUCCUAAUCCUCACAAGCUUGUUUGUAGGCUUAACAAAUCCCUUUAUGGCUUAAAACAAGCCAGCAGGCAAUGGUUUCAAAAGCUCAAUUCUGCUUUGCUCUCACAAGGCUUCCUUCAGUCUAAAAAUGACUAUUCUCUCUUUAUCAAGAAAGAAAGUGAUGAUAUCACCAUCCUUGCUGUCUAUGUGGAUGAUAUAAUCAUCACAGGCACCAACUUAGCUACUAUUGACUCUCUCAAAGCCUAUUUACAUAACACCUUCAGUAUAAAAGAUCUGGGAAAGUUGCAUUACUUCCUAGGUAUUGAAGUCCUCACCACUUCUGAUGGUUUUAUUCUCUCUCAACACAAAUUCACUAAAGAGCUUCUUCAAGAUAGUGGUUUAACCUUUCAGAAAAAGACCUCUACUCCUCUUCCUACACAUGUCAAGUUAUUAAUUGAUGAAGGAGAUUUGUAUCAUGAUCCAGCAGCUUAUAGAAGCUUAGUUGGUAAGCUUAACUUCUUAACUCAUACCAGACCUGACCUUGCUUUUGCUGUUCAAAGUCUAAGCCAAUUCAUGCAUUCUCCAGAAAUUGCUCACUAUCAAGCUCUUGUUCAUACCCUUCAUUAUGUCAAUUCUACUGCUGGUCAAGGAAUCCUUCUCAAAGCCUCUGAUAAGCUUACCCUUCAAGCCUAUAGUGAUUCAGAUUGGGCUGCCUGUCCCAAUACCAGAAAAUCUGUCACUGGUUAUGUCCUUCUCCUAGGGACUUCUCCAAUAAGUUGGAAAUCUAAAAAGCAAGGCACCACUUCUAAAUCUUCUUCAGAAGCUGAAUAUAGAGCCAUGGCUCAAGCUGCCUCAGAAGCUUGCUGGUUAGUCAGACUUCUUACAGAGUUAGGCAUCUCUAAUCUCACUCCUGUCACUCUACAUUGUGAUAAUAUGUCAGCCUUACACAUUGCUCGCAAUCCAGUCUUCCAUGAGUGUACCAAGCACAUAGAAGUGGACUGUCACUUUACCAGAGACAAGGUUCUAGAAGGCUUACUUCAACUUAGCUAUCUUCCUACACAUAAUCAAUUAGCUGAUGUUUUUACUAAGAUACUUCCUGUUGCUCAACAUAAAAACCUACUUUUCAAACUAGGUAUGGUUCCUACCUCUCCAUCCCCUAAUUUGAGGGGGGGUGUUGAAGUUACACAAGCAUGA